UCCCGCGGAAACCUCAGUCUCUCUCCUUCCUUCUAUCUCUCCUCUCUCUCACAACCGCUUCUCUGUGUUUAACCUUUUGGUUAUGUAAAAUAUGAAAAUCGAAUUAAUCGUGUCGAUAAUUUAAAAGCUAAUCCAGAUUACUCGAUCCCCACAACAAAUGUCGCCGAUGUCUACGACGGAACAGUCGUCUGAGCAUAAUCGGGAUCAUCCGCAAAAACACCUGCAGAAGAUCCCUGAGAUUCCAUCCACCCAAUCCGGCUUGGAGAAGGAAGACGAUGAAGAAGCUGCGCGAGGUUCCACCACGAGCCCCGAGAUGCUUGCUCCUUACUCCUUAGGUCUAAACCAUAUCAGAACCAAAUCGUCUCCCGCUCCCUCUCCUUUGGGAUUGCCGUCUGUUCAGGAUAAGCCUAGGGUUGACGCUGCUGAUGCACGCGCCGAUGCCCGUGCUAGAUGGCCUAUCCCUCCUCAUCAGCCCGAUCAAGGAAAAAAAGUUCAAUGGACGCAAUCAAAAUCUCUCCGUGUGCCUGUGAACACCAAUCCAGGGAUAGAGACUUCUCAUGUAGGUCUUGCAAAGGAAACGCAUUCUCCACGUUUCCAAGCGAUCCUGCGUGUCACAAGUGGACGCAAGAAGAAACCUCAUGACAUCAAGAGCUUCUCUCAUGAACUCAACUCCAAAGGUGUUAGGCCUUUCCCUGUGUGGAGAUCUCGAGCUGUUGGUCACAUGGAGGAGAUCAUGGGGGCGAUUAGGACAAAGUUUGAUAGGCAAAAAGAAGAUGUCGAUGCUGAUUUGGGAGUUUUUGCUGGAUACUUGGUGACCACUCUAGAGAGCACUCCUGAAUCCAACAAGGAGUUGAGAACGGGUCUCGAGGAUCUGCUGGUGGAGGCUCGCCAGUGUGCGACCAUGCCAGCGGGCGAGUUUUGGUUAAAAUGUGAAGGUAUCGUUCAGAAGCUAGACGAUAGACGUCAGGAGCUACCCAUGGGAGGACUCAAGCAGGCUCAUAACCGUCUUCUUUUCAUCCUCACUCGCUGCAACCGCCUCGUCCAGUUCCGUAAAGAGAGCGGUUACGUCGAAGAACACAUUCUUGGCAUGCACCAGCUGAGCGAUCUCGGUGUUUAUCCUGAACAGAUGGUAGCGAUUUCGAGACAGCAGGACCUUCUACGAGAGAAGGAGAUCCACGAAAAGCAGAAUCUUGAUGGCGGCGGUGGAGGUGCUGAUGGGAACGAAGUGAACACUGCUAAAAGUAAUGAUUCGACUUCGAGUAAUUUCAGGAUGUCGUCGUGGAAGAAGCUCCCAUCUGCUGCGGAGAAGAACCGUAGUGCUAAUAACACUCCAAAGGCGAAAGGCGAGGGGAAAAUACAACCGAAGGUUUAUGGUGAUGAGAACGCUGAAGGAGGCUUGUUGCAGCAUAGCCCCUCAGGGCAGCCUGCAUCAGCAGGGAGGAAUGACAUGUGGGGUUUCUGGGCGGAUCAUCAGUGUAUGACAUACGAUAACUCCAUGAUCUGUCGUAUCUGUGAAGUUGAGAUACCAGUUGUGCAUGUAGAAGAGCACUCUCGAAUAUGCACCAUCGCUGAUAGAUGUGACUUGAAGGGGAUAAAUGUGAAUUUAAGACUUGAGAGAGUAGCUGAGAGUCUUGAGAAGAUUCUGGAGUCGUGGACGCCCAAGUGCGGAACAACACCGAGAGGAAUUGCUGAUACAUUCAGUAGUAGGCAUGAAGAUAUGGAUGGAAGCUCUCAUAGAUGUUCAGAUGACAUGCUUGAUUGCGUUCCUCGUUCAGAGAAUGCGUUUUCUAUGGAUGAAGUGAAAAUCUUGAAUGAAGUGUCUAUGACUAAUGAAGCAAAGGACUCGUCAGCAGGAAGCUUGACACCACCGUCACCAGGAACACCAAGGAAAAGCCAAGUGGAUUUGCUGCUAAGUGGUCGGAAAACAAUAACAGAGCUUGAGAAUUAUCAACAGAUAAACAAGUUGUUAGAGAUUGCUCGCUCUGUGGCAAAUGUGAAUUUAUGUGGAUAUAGCUCACUGGACUUCAUGAUUGAGCAGCUGGAUGAGCUAAAGUACGUCAUUCAGGAUAGGAAGGCAGAUGCCCUUGUGGUAGAAACGUUUGGAAGACGAAUAGAGAAGCUAUUGCAGGAGAAGUACAUUGAACUUUGUGGACUGAUAGAUGAUGAAAAAGUAGACUCAUCGAAAGCGAUGGCGGAUGAGGAAAGCUCAGCAGAUGAGGAUACAGUGCGUAGCUUACGGGCGAGCCCACUUAAUCCACGCGCUAAUGAUCGAACAUCAAUAGAAGAUUUUGAAAUUAUAAAACCAAUCAGCCGGGGUGCAUUUGGAAGAGUGUUUCUUGCAAGGAAAAGGGCAACUGGUGAUUUGUUCGCUAUUAAGGUUUUAAAGAAGGCUGAUAUGAUCCGUAAGAAUGCUGUUGAGAGUAUUUUAGCGGAGCGUAACAUCCUUAUCUCAAUUCGUAACCCGUUCGUGGUCCGGUUUUUCUAUUCUUUCACAUGCCGUGAAAAUCUUUAUCUGGUCAUGGAGUACUUGAAUGGAGGAGAUCUCUUUUCCUUGCUGAAAAAUCUUGGUUGCUUGGACGAAGACAUGGCCCGUAUUUAUAUUGCAGAAGUGGUGCUUGCACUGGAGUAUUUGCAUUCAGUAAAUAUCAUUCACAGAGACUUAAAGCCGGACAAUUUGUUGAUCAAUCAGGAUGGUCACAUCAAGUUGACGGACUUUGGGCUUUCCAAGGUUGGUCUUAUCAACAGCACAGAUGACUUAUCAGGUGAUGCAUCAUUGGGAAAUAGUGAGUUUUUAGCAGAAGAUGGAAACACUCAACAUUCACAAGACAAAGAUAGCCGUAAGAAACAUGCAGUUGUUGGAACACCUGAUUAUCUUGCACCUGAAAUACUUCUUGGAAUGGGUCAUGGUAAAACAGCUGAUUGGUGGUCAGUAGGUGUUAUUCUUUUUGAGGUUCUCGUGGGUAUUCCUCCUUUCAAUGCAGAAACCCCACAGCAAAUUUUUGAAAAUAUAAUCAACAGAGAUAUACCAUGGCCUAAUGUGCCAGAUGAGAUAUCUUAUGAAGCAUAUGAUCUGAUCAACAAGCUGUUAACCGAAAAUCCUGUACAAAGACUAGGUGCAACAGGAGCUGGAGAGGUGAAACAGCAUCACUUUUUCAAAGAUAUUAACUGGGACACGCUUGCCAGGCAGAAGGCUAUGUUUGUACCAUCAGCUGAGCCACAAGACACAAGUUAUUUCAUGAGCCGAUAUAUAUGGAACCCGGAAGACGAAAAUGUUCAUGGAGGCAGCGAUUUUGAUGACCUUACAGACACAUGCAGCAGCAGCUCCUUCACCACACAGGAGGAAGAUGGGGAUGAGUGUGGCAGCAUAGCAGAAUUAGCAAAUGGACCCAAUCUUGCUGUGAAGUAUUCCUUCAGCAAUUUUUCUUUCAAGAACCUCUCACAACUGGCUUCGAUCAACUACGAUCUUGUCCAGAAGAACGCUAAGGAAUCAACAGAAGCUUCAAACCCAUCAGCCCCUUGAACCAAAACCGAAACCAAAAAACUAGCUCUGGGCCCAGAAGUAUGAUGAUGAAUGUGUGUUGAGCAUCUACGUACUUCAAGUGCUGAUUGGUUUUGGUUCAUCAAGCCGUUGGUUUCUUCUCUAUGGGGAAAGAAAACAAAAGGUAAGAAUAACUGGGAAGCAUAGCGCAUUAGAUUAGGAAGCAAAAAGAGCUACAGAGAUCUCAUCCCUCAAGAUUCUUCAAGAUUACUACUCUCAUCUCUCUCGCAUAUGUAUACAAAAAAAAAAAUAACAACUCUUUUUCGUUGUUGUUUUACAUAUGAUAACAAAGAUCCCCGUUAAACCUAUUUCGAGGAAUCUACUCAAGAACCAAAUUAAGCAGCUGGUGAAGAAGAUUGUACCAAUCUUCAAAGUUUAACUUAUAUAUUUAUAACUUUUAAGAUUGUAGCAAAGCUUUUUUAUUUUUACUUUGAACAUGUUUACUUGAUGUGAAGGCUUUGUUCAUUGCUUUAGUACGUACCUUCAUACAAGGAUGAAGUUAAAAGCUGUAGAGGCUAUAUAGUGACGUAAAUAACGUUUAUUAUUAAUCAGAAAAUACAAAAUACUAGCUCUUGAUGAUGUUA